AUGAAUUGGUCCUAUGAGAAUAGUAAACUCAAGGUCUUUGUCCAUCGCUGGAUCCUUCUCAAUGCAGACUCCGGAAUGACCAUGUCGGAACAAUUCCUUAAUAACGAGGAUCUCUACCCUGUUCCCAAGCGGUUUCGGCUUUGGGGUGCAUGGAACUAUGUUGCAUUUUGGUUGGCUGAUGCGAUCAACAUUAAUACUUGGAUGAUUGCAGGUACAUCAGUUACCAGCGGCCUUGCUUGGUGGGAAGCUUGGAUCACUGUAUGGGUCGGUUACACCAUCUCUGCUUUGAUCUUAGCUGCCGUUGGUCGUGCCGGUUCUGUUUACCACAUUUCUUUUCCCGUUUUGUCUCGUAGUUCCUUUGGCAUUUGGGGCUCUUUUUGGCCCAUCCUCAACCGUGCCGUUAUGGCAUGUAUCUGGUACGGUGUUCAGGCUUGGAUUGGAGGUGAAUGCGUAACCCUCAUGAUUCGUUCCAUCUGGCCUUCUUUUUCUCACAUUCCCAAUAGAAUGGAAAAAAGUGGAACUGAUACAUAUCAAUGGGUCGGUUUUUUUAUUUUCUGGCUCAUCUCUAAUAUCGCAAUUUGGUUUCCCGUUCACCAACUCCGUCAUUUGUUUACCUCGAAAUCUUUGGUGGCUCCACCUGCGGCCAUCGCAUUUCUCAUAUGGGCUCUGGUAAAGGCCCAUGGAGCAGGUGAUGCUAUCCACUCGCCUACGACUUUAAAAAGUUGGGACCAUGGUUGGGCUGUUGUUAGCGGUAUUGUCAGUUGUCUUAAUAAUUUUGCAACCUUAAUCGUCAAUAAUCCAGACUUCACUCGCUUUGCUACGACCCCAAAUGCUCCUUUGUGGCCUCAAAUUAUUACCAUCCCUGUAGGGUUUGGCAUUACCACAUUAAUUGGCGUUUUAGUCGGCUCGGCUUCGAAAUCCAUUUACGGGAAAAAUAUAUGGAAUCCUCUGGAUCUGUUAUCCAACUUUUUAGAUCAUUCCAAUGCCCACGGUGUUCGAGCCGGCGUCUUUUUCAUUGCUACAGGUCUCGGUCUUGCUCAGUUAGGUACCAAUAUCGCCGCCAAUACUGUCUCUGCUGGAAACGAUCUUUCCGCUUUGUUUCCCGCCGUAAUCAAUUCUCGUAGAGGAGCUUAUAUAGCUUCUAUUGUCGGUAUUGCCAUGUGUCCCUGGAAUUUACUUUCAACUUCUAAUAGCUUUUCCAACUCCUUGAGUGCUUAUGCCGUCUUUCUUUCGUCUUUUGCUGGUGUCAUGCUUGCUGAUUAUUAUGUUAUUCGCAAAGGCUAUCUCAGGGUUUCUAGUCUAUACAGUACUGAUAAUAAGGGCCCUUACUGGUUUUUCCAUGGCAUAUCCCUUCGUGGCUUCAUCUCUUAUAUAUGUGGUUUGGUGAUAAACGUUACCGGCUUGGCCGGAAAUAUAGGAGACAAGGUGCCGCAGGCCGCUUUAACCAUGAGUAAGCUGGCGUAUAUAAUUGGAAUCCUCGUUUCUUUCAUAAUCCAUAUUAUCAUUUGCACUAUUUUCCCUGUUACUGAUUGCGGCACGAAAUGCAUGGAUGAACAUCCUGAAGAGACGGAGCACUACUUGCUUCAAUUAGAGGCUCCUGGAGAUUUGGAAGAAACAGAAGGCGUUCCUAUGUCAACUCCUGAGACCGAAAAAUCCGAUUCAAAGCUCAAAGAUGACCAUGUCCAAAUUGCAAACUUAAAAGUCUAA